AUGCAGGUGAAUGGCAAGGAUGCCUGCUGCCAUGGUAAAGUAGAAUACCUGGUGAAGUGGAAAGGAUGGCCCCCAAAAUACAGCACGUGGGAGCCAGAGGAUCAUAUCUUGGACCCUCGCCUGGUAGUGGCUUAUGAAGAAAAAGAAGAGAGAGACCGAGCUUCAGGGUACAGGAAAAGAGGUCCCAAACCGAAGCGCCUCCUACUGCAGCGGCUGUACGGCAUGGACUUGAGGAGCGCACACAAGGGAAAAGAGAAGCUCUGUUUCUCUCUUGCACGGAGGUUUGGAGGAGGAGACAGUAGUGUGCCGGGGGCCAAGCCAGGGCAGGCAGAGUUCUCAGAGAAGACUGGGGGAGCGGUCCUGCCAUUCUCUCUCAGAAAGCAACGCAAAAACCAGAAGUACCUACGACUGUCAAGGAAGAAGUUCCCACGCAUGACGAGCCUGGAGAGCCGAAACUGCAGACAUGAGUUCUUCCUGAAUGAUGCAGUGGGCCUGGAAGCCAGACAAGGCCCUGAGGACUGGGAGGCCAUGCAGCACACCAGCAAAGAAGCAGAUGUGGAUGGCAGUCUCCCCUGGAUCCCCACUGUGCCCCCCAGCGAAGUGACAGUGACAGACAUCACAGCAAACUCCAUUACCGUCACCUUCAGAGAAGCACAAGUGGCUGAGGGCUUCUUCCGAGACCGGAGUGCACAGUUCUGAAUCUUCAUUUUUCAGUGCUCCUAAAAUCCAGUGCUUUUAGGGUGGGGCUAGGGAAGGGUUAUUAUAUCCUUUAAGAAAAAAAAUCCAAAACGUCUCCUCUUAAAAUGUUUACAGAGACCUUCAAUUUUUUUCUUUUCUCUUCUCUCCCAUUUCAGAUACGCAAAAACAAAGGGCAGUGUAGGGAGGGGGGGUGUUUGUCAUUGCUUUGUCCAUCUGAAAAACUGACAGCCCUUUCCCUGGCGAGGACUCCCUUCCUAGAUGUGAAAACAGCAAGCUGAACAAUUUGCCUUUCAUCCUGUUAAGUGGUGGCAGCUGCAUUUGUGGGGAGAGGGCAUGUGGAGGUGGAAGAGAGUUGGAUCUGUAGCCUGCCGCCUUGUUCUGCAAUUUAUAUCCCUUGGAUAAAGAUACUUCUCUGUGCAUUGCUCUUCCCACCUUCUUCCUCCCUCUCUUCCUGCAGCAGUGAGAGGCGAUGGAUCCUACCUGUAUAGGUAACUCCAGUCUGUUAAGGCUUUCUCCCCAGUGCUGUUUUGCCUGUAGCCUGCUGUUAGGACUUCAGAACCAUAUUUGCCUAACUGUGGUAAGUAAGUCUUUGCAGCACAGGUCCACGUAGAGUGCAGAGGUUUCACCCUUUGAUUAUUGAUCAUGCAGGGGGAGACCAAAAUGUAUCUCUGAAGUCUAGAUUGGCUGCACAGAUUGAAUUUACCCUCAUUAAAAGCUCAGAAAUGCAGCACAGUUGAGACUAUACCUUCCAUAUAUGCUAAACGGGAUUUCCAGCCUUGUCUGUGCUAUGUGAGAAAUGCAUUAUGGAAAGUGGGAUGUUCUUACCCUUUGCCAAAUUCAGUAUUAAUAACAAAUGCUGUCCUGAAUCCAUGGUAAUAGGUUGGUUGAAAACUGACUCCUCUUCCCUGGGAGGAGGGGCUCAUAGAAGGACUGAAGCAUUGCCUGCCUCUGCAAAGAUAUCCAAGAUACUGGCACAGGCCCAGGACAGAGGAAUUGGAUAGAACUGAGCUAGAAAUGGACCUUGAUUAGCAGCGAAUUCUGUUCUUGGAUCACAUUGAGAGGCCCAAGGUAAACAGCAUGUGGGGAGGGCAUGUAUUAGACUAGAGGAAGGGAAAAAAAUUCUUAAUUCCUACUAAUGAGAACUCUUGGAUUGUACCAUCUGAGUAAUAUUCUUCCAUGACUCCAGUCUCAUCACAGUAUCUGUGAUCCUGGACUACUUUACCGAUGGGAACUUCCCCUUGGAAGGCUUACAAAUCUUUGCCAAGGAAAGUGGUCUGCAUUUCAAUAGACCUUGCCUGAUCUUGCACUUACAAAUGCCUUGUGCUGGACUGCCUGUGACACUUGGAGGUUUCUGAAGAAUUACUGUAUUUUGAGUUGGUAGUUUAGCAUCUAUUCUUGCACAUGUGUAUCCUCUUCCCUUUUUUUAAUCAAAUCUUAUUGAAAUAACUUAAAUUUUUAAAUAGAGCUCUCUUCCUAUGGAAAGCAAGAAAGGUAAGCUAGAUCUUAAGGUAGGACCUGCAGGACAGAGUGCUGCAGGGCAACGUUGGCUACUGUCCUAAUUAUCUUCUUUAAGAUCUUUGUUUCUUCUUCCUGCUCCACCUCCAGCAUCUUUUAUCUGCUGUAUUUAUGCUAUAUGAAGCUAUGACCCUGCUGAGCCCGAAGGUAAAGACACCUGUGUAAAUCCUUAAUGUGAGCUCUGCAGCAGUUCCUCUGAAGGGCUUGGCUCCUGGCCUGCAGAAUUUGGGAGCUCUGGGGCUUCUGGUCCUCCAAACAUAUGCUUUUUGCAAAAUGCUAGAACAGCCUCUGAGCCUUUUAUUAAGAACAGGUUUUACCUUAAGUAGGAUACGCAGCUCAGUGUAGACUUAAGAUUUCCCCUCCUGUCUCAAAGCUCUUUGAAAAAGACUAUCUUCACUGACAGCAGCUUCAGGACCACUGGGUAGAUUCUGAAUUUCAGGGUAAACGCUUUGUCUCCCAAAGUACAUUCGGAGGAGGUGAUAUGGGAGUCUUACCACAGAGAAAUCUGAGAGGGUGAAAAGUGAAGCGCAUUGUGUGUCCUUUUUUUGUUGUUUUUUGUUUUAAAUUUAAUGUGGUAGGAGGAAGAGUGAAUGGGAAAGAAUCUUAGAAUAGCUAGCGAGGAUAAAUUGAUGAAGUAAGCAUAUAAGCCCAGGAUGUUUGUUGAAUGUGGGUGUCUGGAGCUAGGUAUCUGAAUCUGGAAUUGCAUUAUCUAAGUGGGAUCACCCUCUUCUACAGAGAGUGGGGUCACACAGUGCCCCACCACCUCUCCCUGACACACCUGCAAAACAUGCUGAAUAUCUGCAUCUCCCUUUUGUUUGGUGUGACCAGUAGAAAUAAGCAUGUUUGCUCAUCAGGACGACAACAGUUUGUGUGUUUAUAGUUGCAGAAGCAUAAUAUUUUAGCUUAGUUUUGAGAAGUCUCGAACUCUGCUCCUCCUGCUAAUUCUUGAUGGCAUUUACAGGGUCUGCUUUCUUUAUUCUAAUACAGCUACCCUUUGUUCUGUCUUCAGCUCAGUGUACAAAUACAGCAAAAAAAAAAAAAACCCUUCCUAUUUACUAAUAUUCCUAGCUUUGACUGAAGUCAGAAGCAAUACCAGUCCUGUGGCUGGAAA